AUGGUCUUCUUCGCCCCAAACGACAACAUUCCCACCCUCACAUGCUAUCUCCUCGCCGAAGCCUCCAGCGAUGAACUCCAGGCCUUCAAAUCCGCCUUUGAACUUGGCAACCACGCGGCCUUCAAUCCCGUCCUCCACAUCAAGAUCGUCCAUCCACCAGAUGACUAUCUCGGGAAAUCCCACGAGUACAUCCGCAAGAAGGAAGACGAAGCCGGUCGCAAGGACUUAUUCCUCAUCCUCGACAAGAGGGCCAUUGAGAACAACGCCGUCUGGUACAUAUCGCACUUUGCCGACGCCGAACGGGUGCAGUGGAAAGAAGCCCAGAACACGAAUGUACUGUGGAAGAUUCUCGUUAGAGCCGACAAGCUGGCCAUGGUGUAUGCAAACUACAGCAUCGGAAACACGUCUCUGCAGGAGGACCUGGGGAAUUGCGGAGUAGAAUUUCCCGUCAAAGAGGGCUUUGAGCAGCCCAAGGUGUUUGACUACAAGUUGGACAUGCACAAGGAUCUGUACCGCCAGCCUGUUUGGAUCAGAGCCGAGCCUGGAGAAUACGAGGUCAACAAAGGCGGCGAACAGCUGGGAGACUACAUUGCGCCACCGAAUUCGUGCGCGAGGCUGAAGGACGGAGUGGCAGAGGCUGUCGGAGUGGUCAAUGAGUGGACGACGUAUUAUCCUUCAGGGCCUUUUCCCUACUCGGAUGGGACAAGGAAGGAGUUUCCAGAGGGAACCAUGGUUCUUCAGCUGAGAUGGAAUCCCGAUUUCCCGUGGCCGCCUUAUAAAUGGCCCGAGGGGUCGCUGUGA